AUGACGACGUUGCUGCCUCCAGAGUUUAAGCAUGAAUACUUGUAUUAUACGAAUAAUUAUACGAAUGCUUUCAAACAACCAACUGUUAAAGUGUGGGAUAAUGUGCUUAUUGGUCCUACAAUGUAUCCGUUCCCAUUCACUAUUGGAAAUGAAACUGUAACAUAUUACUUGGUAGACAAUCAAAAAAUGGGACAAGCUCAACAAGUUUAUUCUAGUGCAAACUAUUCCACAAUGCUAUCUUCCUAUGAGACAUCGUUCUUCAAUUAUGUUGGAAAUAUCACAAGUUAUUGUGAGAACAUUUCAAUCUCUACCAAAAACUAUUACAUUGUAACAAUAUCAAUGGUGGCAUUCUGUUUGUUCAUUGUCAUCCCAACCAUGAUGUUAACUUUAUUCUUUAUUCUGAAGAAGGAUAGAAAGAAUGCAAUUCAAUUGAAUCAAACAAGUGAAAAUCUAUUGAAAGAAACCAUGUCUGAUAUGGCAACUCGACAGGCUUUCAAAAUAUUUUGUAACGAGAGAGGUUUUGGUGCUCACAUCAAUGCCAUUGAGAAGAUUAUGUCAUUUAAGGAACAUUGUGAACAAUCUCAGGAAAUGCAAACGAAAUUGAUUGAAAUUACUUCAGAUUAUGUCAAUAAGGUUAAUGCCAUGCAUGAUCAAAACCAUUUCAAUCACAAAGGAGACAAAGUUAACUUUAAGAUUGAUGAUAAAAAGACAAGAGCUAUUUUCAAUAUUUCAUGUGAAGCCGAAAAGAAAAUCAAACAUAAGGAAUACAUGAAAUCGAGUUUAAUUUUUGACAUUUUGGAAGAAACUCAAGAUGUAGCUAGCUCCAAAGUAACAAGUGAAUUAUUCUAUGCCUAUGAUUGUUACAACAAUAGAGAGAAAAUGUUUCAAGAUAUUGACAUUCUUCCCUCAAUGAUUAUGGACAAACUGGAACAUGAACUAAGUGAUGCACUCAUCAAUACCCAUUUAGAUUUCAAGGCAUCACUCAAAAACAAUACCAUGCUUUCAAAUUCUGAACCACAUCACACAGAAAUCGAUAGAGAAGAAUUUGAGUUGGAGCUAGUCAAUGUCUAA